UAGUUAAGCAGGUUUAAUAGAAAGACCAGUAGCACAGUCACUGCAUUGCGGACGCUUUGUAAAACUCCGGGAUAGUUCGCUGUAUUUAGUCGACCAACUAAAGCGGAAAGAUGACAGCGUGACGUCUUAGCUGCUUCCUCCCUGAAUGUCCAAGAGUCCCCAUGGAUGACCUGACCCAAGCCCUCUCGGCCAGCUUCGCUGUGUCCAAGGAGCCCAACAGCACAGCCUCCGCCCACCCGCGGCUGGCCCAGUACAAGAGCAAGUACAGUGUUCUGGAGCAGAGCGAGCGACGGCGGCGCUUCCUUGAGUUGCAGAAAAGUAAAAGGUUAAACUACGUCAACCAUGCGCGGCGUCUGGCUGAUGGGGAUUGGACGGGGGCAGACAGCGAUGAAGAGGAGGACGUGGAGAAAAAAGAGGAGGUGGAACAGAAGCAAGAUGGCCACACAGAGGAAGAGGAGAUGGAGAUUGAGAGGAGGAAGCUGCCAAAACAUUAUGCUAACCAGAUCAUGCUGUCAGAGUGGCUAGUGGAUGUGCCACUAGAACUGGACACUGAUUGGCUGAUGGUAGUCUGUCCUGUGGGGAAAAGAUCCCUCAUUGUUGCCUCCAAGGGCUCCACUGCAGCGUACACUAAGAGCGGAUACUGUGUGAACCGUUUCCCCUCCCUGCUGCCCGGUGGGAACCGGCACAACUCAGCCAUGGGAAAAGACUACACAAUCCUGGACUGCAUUUACAGCGAGGUGGACAGAACGUACUACAUCCUGGAUGUCAUGUGCUGGAGAGGCCACCCGGUGUACGACUGCCCCACCGAGUUCCGUUUCUUCUGGCUCCAGUCCAAAGUUCAGGAGACAGACGGCCUAUCAGAAAUCGCCAAACGCAACCCUUUCCGGUUUGUGAGCCUGCAAAGCAUCGACUGCACAGCAGAGCUGAUUCAGAAAGCCCUGGCAGCGGAGUACAGCUUCAGCGUGGAUGGUCUGCUCUUCUACCACCGGCAGACACACUACACCCCCGGCAGCACGCCUCUAGUGGGCUGGCUUCGCCCCUACAUGGUCACUGACAUCCUUGGCAUCGAGGUGCCCGUAGGACCCCUCACCACCAAGCCUGAGUACGCCAGCCAGCAGCUGCAGCAGAUCCUGGAACACAAGAAGCCAUCGAGUGAAGUCCGCCCGGCCAACAGAAGUGGAGGCUAUGAGUUAGAGUACCUGUCCACACCGAGCCAGGACAGUGAGGACACUCUGAACUUUUUGAAUCAAAAGCCAAUAAGGGAAGCACACAUGGAGGUCUGAGUGGGAGGCUUAAAAGAUGCAAAUUGCUAACUCAGUGUUUCUGAGUGGUGGCGGCCCACAUAUGGCUCUUUAGAAUGUCUGCUGAAUGGUUCUGCAGAUCUGACCAAUAGCAAAGCAUGGCUAAUUCUAAUCCGGCACUGCUCAGGACGCCCUCAGAGUGCAGAUUAGUAGAGCUAUGUUGUAUAUGUGUUUUUUAAAUGGCUAAAAACUCUGCCAUUUACAUCUAGUACCUGUUGCAGAUCUCUGAAACAGAUUAGUUUCUCUGAGAGUAUUUGCACAGUCUUUAGCCACUGUAAUGACUUAGUCACGGUCUGAUAUGCAGCUUCCUUUCAUCACACCAUAGGUAGUCGCAUACGAUCAAAACAAUAGGAGGAGAGGUUUCUUAUGCGAGAUAUACUGCAAAGUGCAGCACGUGUUUAACUGAUCUCGCAUAACAAACGUCUGCACACGUUUUACAACUAUCAACAUCGUUUACUCACCAAAAGAUACAGAACUUCUGAGCAGAUCACAGAAACGGAGAGUUGCACUCAGUGUUUGGGACGGUGAGGUGUUGCUGACUGUCGGACCCUUUUACAAUUUAAUGUUGAAUUUGCAAUUAAUUAGAAGAUGUUUUAAAGCGUAUGUUUCUGAAUAAAUGUUUUUUUUUAUUGGCCCACAUUCUGUUCACCGUGCUCCCAGUUAUUGUUGUUUUUUUAAAUGUCUAAUUUCCGGAGAUUCUAAUUUUUUUUAAUAGUUGUCAACAUGCUCAUUUAAUUGGAUUCUGGUCGUUUGCAUUUUAGGGAAUGAACGUGCACAUUUAUUAUCAGGUUUGUUACUAAAUAUUGAUUCUGUGAUCAAGUAAAGAUUCGCAUA